AUGAAUCCUGCGAGCACCGCACGACAGAGCUCAACGGCGGGAGACAUCACCAGAGGCACCAAGCGUCGCCGGAUCAGACCGUCUCGUGCCCGCGGCUUGAGAACGAGAACCGGAUGCCUCACUUGCAGAGAGAGACGAGUGAAGUGCGACGACGGUAAGCCCACAUGCCUGCGAUGCUCCAAGUCGAAUCGAAUCUGUCGAUAUGCCUCUAUCGGACACGCAACCGACCCCGAGCCACCAAGAACACAGCCAGGUCCUCAAGAGCAGCAGCCGAGUGAUGAUGUGGUAGCAUACCUCCAGGAUACCUGCCCAGCCCCUGCUGAAGCUUCGGUUGCACUCCACCCCAACGGUGCGAUUGAGACGCCUCAGAGUGACCAGGGGCUGCCCGGGUUGGACUCUGGUCUCUCGACCUCUCCACUUUCACUCAGCCAGGUAUCCUUGCUAAACAUCUCCCCCUUGGAGUGGUACGAUUUGCUAGCCCGGGAUGCAAUCAGCAAUAUUCAACGCCGGAACGAUGCUCCAACGGGCGAUCCACGAUGGAAGUUCCCCGAUCUGGCCCUUUCUCGUAGACAGUCACCAGCGCCUGAUCUGGAGGACCACUAUGAGCUAGCUGACCGGCGCUCCGAGCAGCAGCAGCACGUUUCGCAAUACCAAGACGGGGCAAUCGAAGCUUCUCUCGUGGGUCAUCCCCAGGUGCUGGAGCCUUGGAACACAGCGAAUAGGAUAGAACUAUCGGCAGUAGAUUUUGAAUUCUUUCAAUAUUACAUUGAAGUUGUCGGACCCAUCCUAGACUUGUUCGAUCCUGCUCGACACUUUAUCAAUGUCGUUCCACAUCUUGCACUGCGAAAUACAGGGCUCUUGAAGUCCAUACUUGCUGUCGGGGCCAAGCACAAGUCUCUCGGUCUGAACCAUGUACCGAGCGAAAGUCCCCCGGGCGAUCCUGCUGCUUCAAAUGUGAAUACGCCAUCCUCGCUGGCAACAGCAGCGGCAACAGCAACUGGCCAGCCGCCUGAACCAACCCCUACUCCAGCACACAUGGCUACACAUUAUUACUACGAAACGCUACAAUACCUCUCACAAACAUUACUCUAUCCCUCCUACACAGACUCCCGAGAAAUCCUAGCGACUGCCACCAUGAUCAGCACGUACGAGAUGUUCGACGCCGACAGCGCCGCAACCAGCACCAGCGGAGACUGGGAGAAGCACCUACGAGGCUCUUUCUGGAUCCAGCGAUCUCAAGACAACGACGGCGAGUCGGUGGACGGUUUGAGACGGGCCGUCUGGUGGGCAUGGUUGCGACAGGAUAUCUGGGCAGCCUUUCGAGCAGGGAGACCAACACUAACGUUCUGGCGAGCUCGGAAACCGCUCGAGGAGCUAGACUCUGAUGCGCUGGCCACUAGAAUUGUCUAUAUCUGCGGCCAGUGUGUCGCGUAUGCCGCGUCGGAUGACACAGCAGAUCGAGAUCCUAGACCCAGAAUUGAGCAUGGGGAUAGACUCUUGCGUGCACUCGAUGAUUGGUAUCGUGUUCUUCCUGCUUCAUAUCAGCCUGUCACAGUGGGUGUUGCAGGGAAUUGUGACUCGCAGGUAACAUUCCCGCCGAUAUGGAUUCAUCCACCGAGCCACGCAGGCGCGAUGCAGAUGUACAGUUUCGCACGUGCCACAGUGUUACUCAAUCAGCCUACUAGGGGUGGACUAAAUGCGUAUAGUCAGCGCGAGAAGCAGCUGACCGACAGUGUAAAGAUGGUGUGCGGGAUUGCCAACGCCUGCGGGGAGCAUGAAUCUGCAAUGGCGUUUGUGAAUGUGCAGGCUUUGUUUGGCGUUGGCCAAUUUGUUCGGUCGCCUGAGAUGCGCGGCGAGUUGCUUCGUAUUCUAGAGAGAAUGUUGAGGAUUAGCAAGUUUCCAGCUCGGGGGCUUGUAGGUGAGCUCAGAAGAUUGUGGCAGGAAUGA